AAACUCAAACAUCCAAUACCACAAACCACCAUUUAUUUAUUCAUUUAUUCAUUCAUUCAAUCUAGAAAUGAAGGUGAAGAAAGGGUCAAAAUCGUCUUGGAUCUCAAAUUGUUUCAAGAUUCAUGAAGAACCAGUUCGGAUGAUUAGAGAACCUGAGAUAGAGAAGAAAGUUGAACCGGAACCCAUUAAGUCGCCUAAUUCGGCUAAGAGGAUCUCGUAUACAGAUAUAAACAGUUCGACGUUAUCAGAGGACCUAUCGACUUCACUAGCUGGAUCAAACCUCUACGUUUUUAACCUUGCAGAGCUUAAGGUCAUUACACAGUCUUUUUCUUCAUGCAAUUUCUUGGGUGAAGGUGGGUUUGGACCGGUUCACAAAGGGUUCAUAGAUGACAAACUUAGACCCGGUCUGAAGGCUCAGCCGGUGGCUGUCAAGGUCUUGAACAUAGACGGCGGACAAGGUCAUAGAGAAUGGCUGACAGAAGUUGUAUUUCUUGGACAACUAAGACACCCACAUCUCGUGAAAUUGAUUGGAUACUGCUGUGAAGAUGAACACCGAGUAUUGGUGUAUGAGUACAUGGCACGUGGCAGCUUAGAAAAUCAACUCUUUCGAAGAUUUUCCGUCUCUCUUCCAUGGUCAACUCGGAUGAAGAUUGCGCUACAUGCCGCAAAGGGGCUUGCGUUUCUUCAUGAAGCGAAAAACCCUGUUAUAUAUCGUGAUUUCAAAGCAUCCAACAUUUUGUUAGACUCUGACUACACUGCUAAACUUUCGGACUUUGGACUUGCAAAAGAUGGUCCUGAAGGAGACGACACACAUGUUUCAACUCGAGUUAUGGGCACACAUGGCUACGCAGCUCCUGAAUAUCUCAUGACAGGACAUUUAACAGCAGCAAGCGAUGUGUAUAGUUUUGGAGUUGUACUUGUUGAGCUUUUAACUGGCCGAAAGUCAAUGGACAAGAGCCGGUCAAACCGUGAACAGAAUCUUGCCGAGUGGGCUAGGCCUCAACUCAAGGGUGGUGCUCGGAAACUCAACAGAAUAAUGGACCCAAGGCUCGAGAGUCAAUACUCGGAAACAGGAGCAGAAAAGGCAGCAGAAUUGGCUUACCAGUGUCUUAGCCAUAGGCCAAAGGCAAGGCCAACCAUGAGUAUGAUUGUUAAUGCUCUUGAACCACUAGCGGAGUAUAACGAAAUGGCAAUUGGAACAUUUGUGUACACGGCCCCUACUGAGAACAAGAAGUCACCGGUGGAGAGCCCGGAGAAGGAAGUACAGCAUAAAGAUGGCAAAAUGGACAGCAAUGGACACCACCACCACCACCACCGCCACCAUCAACAUGACCGAAAGCACCGGAGUAAAUCUCCGGCCGUCCAUUCUGAGACCGAUUUACAGAGAGAUCAUAUGAUUUCAGGGGUGUAACAGAGAGUUAAACGACAAUGGAUAAUGUUUGGAACAUGCAUAGGAACACAGGUGAUGCAUGAAAAGUUGUAAAUGUACAGAUUUCAAGCACACAUCAAUAUUUUUUUCCUAGAUCUUCGUCCUUAUACAAAUUUCACAUUUAUUUCUUGAUCUCCGUGUU